AUGUCUAAUCUGGUGUCGCAUACUGUGGGCAAAACCAAUGCCACUAUCCAAGAACUUGAGCAGCUUGUUCGCCAAAGCAUCGAGGGUGGUGCGAAUGUCACUGAAGCCACUUCGAGGUUAUUAGAUCGGGUGCUCACGUCGAUUGAUGGCGGGUCCUUUUGCGGACGAGAAAAUGAACUCAUCGCCGCAUGUGCUGUUCCCUCUCAAUUAAACAGAAGGGAUCACCAUCCAGGGCGAAAAGGGAAGAAAUCUACCGGGUCGGUCGAUUACUUCUCCAAGGUGUACUUAUACGCAAACUCACGACUACCGCCGCAUGUCCAAACUCUGAGCUUUCACCCCACGACAUAUCCUAUUCUGCAACUAGCUGCUAAGUAUUCCCGACAAGCCUAUGACAAGCCCUCAGGCCGUGAACGACAUUCAUAUGUCAGCUCCGACUGGCGCCAGCUUACAAAAGCCAUGGUUGUGAAAUCAGUGCCAAUUGAUGAUCUCAACACAAUUGUCUUCGCUAUUCGAGGAACGCAAAGUUUCGUCGACUGGGCUGUCAAUGUUCACACCGCACCAACAUCUCCCGCCGGGUUUUUGGACGAUCCUUCCAACUGCUGUCAUUCUGGCUUCCUUUCUGUGGCCCGGAAAAUGGUCGCCACGGUUGCAGCUCGACUGCGUAAUCUGCUAGAAGAGGACCCAUCUCGUAUGUCCUACUCGCUAGUUCUGACGGGCCACUCUGCUGGCGGUGCUGUGGCUACCCUGCUGUACCUGCACAUGCUUGCCGAGUCGCCAUCUGUUGAGUCUGACCUUACGCACCUUCGGGGGUGCUUUAGGCAUAUUCACUGUGUCACAUUCGGUGCACCCCCUAUUUCUAUCCGACCAUUGCAGCCAUCCCCUGCUGCUCUGAGGUCUAAGUCUCUCUUCUUUGCUUUCAUCAAUGAGGGUGAUCCUGUCGCUCGAGCUGAUAGAGGGUACUUUCUUUCGCUGUUGGAUCUCUAUGUAUCGCCUGCACCGCGCGCAGCGUUUACUAUGUACAAAGGUGCGAAGCAUCGUGCACCUAUAUACUGGAGAUUACCUGCGUCUACUCUUGCGCUCGCAGGCCGGUUGAUUGUUCUUCGGCCGCGAGAACAAUGGAUUGGUAGACCUGUUGUUGUGGGACCGCCUGCUCUUGGUGGACCUUCCACUCUACCGCACGAGGACGUGGAUGCUUGUGGCGUUACGGAUAUGGGGUUGCGGGGUAUUCUUUUUGGAGAUCCUGUCAUGCAUUUCAUGGACUUGUACUCUCGGCGCAUUGAUGCGAUGGCAAGAGGUGCCUUGAAGAAGAGGUGA